AGAUCGCCGCUGGGAAAUUUAAAGUUCAACAGCCAGUAGUGUGACCUGCUCAGUGUAACUUGCUUCUGUGAAAAGACAAAAGACUUAGACUUUCAACAUGGAUUUUGCUAACGACGGCCACACCAAGAUGUAUUUCUAUGAAAACAGACUGUUAACUUUCGUUGGCUGGCCGUUUGAGGAGGGCUGCGGUUGUACCCCUGAGAACAUGGCUAAAGCUGGAUUCAUUCACACACCGUCUGGAAACAGCCCUGACGUAGCGCAGUGCUUCUUUUGUCUGAAAGAGCUGGAGGGCUGGGAGCCUGAAGACGACCCUGAAAAGGAGCACAAAGCACAUUCUCCCACCUGCAACUUCAUCACCAUGAAAAAGUCAGUGGAGGAUCUGACUGUGGAGGAAUUUCUCAGACUUGAGAAAGAGAGACAGAAAUUUGUGAUUAAAAAGACAUGCAAACAAGCCAUUGAUAAAUUUGAAGAGGCUGUGAAGUUGAAAAGAGGCCAGAUCAUCCAGACAGCAAUGGGUGAAGAAUGAAGAUGGACACAGAGACUACCUCAUGACUUUUUUGUGUUUCCUUUGCUGGUUUAGACAUGUAUAUACUUGGAGUGGAUUAUGUAUAUAUGUAUGUAUGUAUGUAUUAAUGUAUCAACUGCAACCUAUGUGGCAGUCUUGAGAAAAUGAUGUUUAGCUGAACCAUGUACAGACUUCUCCUUGGGGUAGCCAAGUGCUAUCAGUAAAUUAAAUCAGAGUUGCUGAUGGGGGGGACUAAACAGAUGCAAUGGCUGGAGCACAUAUAGGGGAGGUGGAACCAAACCCAUGUUUUUCUUUAAGACUUCAUUAAAAAGUCAACAUUUCUUUUUGUAUGGAUGUUUUAUGACACUGUAUUAUUUGUAUUUGUUCAAGUGUUAGUGCUUUUACAAGCAAAACGCUAUUGUUGCCCAGGUAGAAAUCUAUGAACAGCUUCCUCAGGUGGACAAUGACUUCUGCAUGUGCUGUAUGUCCAACAGUACCUGUAAACGAGCUGGACCCUGGGCUGUUGUGUUCAAUUAACAUUUUUGUUACCACUCUUCAAC